AUGUAGCAGAAUCUAAAUUAUCUUUAUUAAAAAAUCUAUUGGAUGGAUAGCAGGGUCAGCCUUCCCUGUGCUCCUCCAAUGAUAGUUCUCCCUUGUCCACCUCCUGUGCCAGGAAGGGGUGGUCUGAGGAGGCCACCACUACCACCACCACCAUCACCAUCAUCACUAUCAUUCUCAUCACCUCCACCUCCACCUCUACUCUUCCAGCUAUCUUUAAAGAAGAUCAGCCAUACAAGUCUCUGUCUUCUGAUCUUUUUUAUGGUUCUGGUGACCCUAGUUGGACUGGGAAGGGGAAUAGUUUAGCUCUUCCACUUGCAGGAGUUAGCUGAACUCAGAAAGGGGCCAUUCACAGCUUCCAAAUCAUAUAGCACUGUCCAGAGCAUGAUCUUUGUGGGAACUAGCUCAUACCUUCUGGGAGGCAAGCCUAAAUCACAAGGCAUUCCAUUUGAAUGGGAAGACACCCAUGGAAUCAUCCUGGUUUCUGGAGUCAAACACAAGAACUGGGGUUUGGUGAUCAAUGACACUGGCCUUUACUUUGACUGCUCUACGGUAUACUUCAGGGGCCAACUCUGUGAUAAUCAGCUUCUGCCAGACUUGGUACUGAUGGAAGAAAAGAAGAUGAAUUCUUAUACCACCGGGCAGAUGUGAGUCUAAAGCAGUUACCUGGGUGCCAUGUUCAGUCUUGCCAGUGCCAAGUUUGUCAAUGUCUCUGCAUCUUCAGUGAUCAGUUCUGAGGACUCCAAGACUUUCCUUGGCCUUUAUAAACUCUAG